AUGGUCCUCUGCGAGAAAAUGGGCUUAGUUUGGCUUGCAACCAUUGCUCUGUGCAUUCAUUGUGGAUUUACACAGAAUAUUGGGCCAAGCCAGAUAAGGUUUAGAGGACCCCCACAGUUGCCCUUAGGGUCAAGCCGUAUUCAGUUUUCGGGGACACCUUUCGCCGGAGCACGUCCAUCAAAUGGACAGCAGAAUUUCAUUCCUCAAUCACCCACUCCACGUCGACAAAUUACAUUUUCGAAUACUAUAAAUUCUUUUGCACCCGCAAUGCCAACUACGUCACCACUUUUGUCGGGUUCAGUGUCGGGGUCAAACUUCGGCAACGUGAACUCACAAACCCAAGGUCUUGUAACAGAGCCAAGCAUUUCAGUUGACGUAGGAAACCUGGAUUUUGGCUCCGUGGCGCAGGCUGUGAUGACGGAUAUGUUCACAGAAAAUUUAAGGAGAGGCAACUUACUCGGUGACAGCAACAGGGUGAACACUAAUAGCCAGACAUUUGGCGGUGUGAACACGAAUAGCCAGACAUUUGGCGGUGUGAACACGAAUAGCCAGACAUUUGGCGGUGUGAACACGAAUAGCCAGACAUUCGGCAGUGUGAACACGAAUAGCCAGACAUUUGGCGGUGUGAACACGAAUAGCCAGACAUUUGGCGGUGUGAACACAAAUAGCCAGACAUUCAGCCAAGGACAAACAAGUCCAGUGUUGACCUCAGUCAAUGACCGUUCUCAAUUGGACAGUGGCAAUGCUCUGCAAAACAAUCAAGUUUUAAAUAAUUUCCAAUUCAAUGCAAAUUCGGAAUCGCCGACACCGAUUGGUUCGGAACUUAGACCAGUACAGCUGCUGAAUAACGAGGGUAGUUCUAUGGGAAACAGAGUCAAUAUCAACUUUAGAACAGGAACUAGACGUAAUUCAAAUAGCAUUGGUGGAUCAAAUCUUCCCCAGACAGUGCAGAAUUCUACAGGCUCUGUUACCUUGGCACCGGCCUUUCCAGGAUUUGCUCCGUUACAACUUCCGGAAUUAGGGGAGGAUAGUUGGUUUUCUUACUUAAAGGGUCUUUUGGAUCGUACUAAUUCCAACAUGCAGAUAUUUUCCAAUUCUACCGGUGGUGGCAUGCAUCCUAUUCCCCAGCGCUUAAUGGACCUUCCCAGAGGUACAAUGCCCAUUUACAUCAAAAACUUCCGCAGUAACCCAGCCUAUGUCCCGUUUCGACUUCCUGGUCAGCCAUUCAACAUGCUUAUUCCUUUUAAUAGAGAAAAUCGUGAAAUGGUGUACCCAUACUUGCCUAUUUAUAUUCCUUACCCUAACGUAGGAAUUGAUGUACCGGAAGUGGGACUUCGUUUUGUGGCUUAUCUCCCUUUUCAGCCCGAUAGAUACAAGGCAUCCAGAGAGGGCGCUGGUGUCGUGUUCCCGCAACGAUCUGCUCCUGGGUCGUUUCCGUUGUAUGUUGAUCGACGACCGGUGCUUACAAAUUUAAUGGAACAGAUGGGUUGAUGAAAAUGCGACACAGACGACUAAGAUAUAACUUCAGUGUCACGACGAAAUCUACAAAGAGUUCAAACCGAAUGUCUUACCAGAUAAUAACUUGCAAUAAUUAGUUGUGAUUCUCAUUAUAUGAAGGACAGACAUGUCCGAGUUUGAAGCAUUUGUGGGACCGUGCUUGAUUUUUUGUGAUCGGUUCGUCAUUAAUGUCCAUCGAUCGGAUUGUUCUUUGACAGUAGUCCCGCAGUAAAUCAGCUCUGGAAUGUUGCGGGACUGACAUUCACAUUCCACCAUCUGCUAUAAAGCCAAAUUUAUCCGC